AUGUCUCACCGUAAAUUCGAGCGUCCGAGACAUGGGUCUCUUGGUUUCCUCCCAAGAAAAAGAGCAAAGCAUCAUAGAGGCAGAGUGCGUAGCUUCCCUAAAGAUGAUCCUAGCAAGGCUCCACACCUUACAGCUUUCAUCGGCUACAAGGCAGGAAUGACCCAUAUUCUUCGUGAGGUCAAUAAGCCAGGUUCCAAGCUUCACCAAAAAGAAGUCAUUGAAGCAGUCACCAUUGUGGAGACCCCUCCUAUGGUCAUUGUUGGACUUGUUGGAUACAUCGAAACCCCUAGAGGCCUCAAAGCUCUUACCACAGUCUGGGCUCAACAUCUCAGUGAAGAGUGCAAGCGCCGCUUUUACAGAAACUGGGUCAAAUCCAAGAAAAGAGCCUUCGUCAAGUACGCUGCCAAGUACGAGUCAGGCACUGAAAUCAAAAGAGCCUUGGACAGGAUCAAGAAGUACUGCUCAGUCGUCAGAGUCAUUGCCCACACCCAAACCCAGCUUGUAGGUUUCUCCCAAAAGAAAGCCCACAUUAUGGAAAUCCAGGUCAACGGUGGUGCUAACAUCGCAGAAAAGGUUGACUGGGCUUAUGCUAAAUUCGAGCAAAAGGUCGCUGUCAGCGAAGUUUUCCAGCCAAACGAAAUGAUUGAUACCAUUGGAGUCUGCAAGGGUAAAGGAUUCAGUGGCGUCGUAAGAAGGUGGGGAGUUAAGCUUCUACAGAGAAAGACCCACAGAGGUAGGAGAAAGAUCGCUUGUAUUGGGCCAUGGCAUCCUUCAAGAGUCAACUUCGCAGUCCCAAGAGCUGGACAGAGAGGAUACCACCACAGAACUGAAAUCAACAAGAAGAUCUACAGAAUUGGCAAGGCUGAAGACCCAAAGAACGGCAGCACUGACCAAGAUAUCACUGAAAAGAAAAUCACCCCAAUGGGAGGAUUCGCCCACUAUGGUGUUGUUAAGAAUGACUUCUUAAUGGUCAAAGGAGCCAUUAUUGGUACCAGAAAGAGAGUCAUUACUCUGAGGAAAUCACUGAUUACUAACGUUUCGAGAGCAGCUGCUGAACAAAUUUCACUUAAGUUCAUUGAUACUAGCAGCAAGUUUGGACAUGGUAGAUGGCAGACAUCAGACGAAAAAUACGCAUUCUUUGGACCACUUGCAAGAAAACAGCACAAAGAAGAAGCGAAAGCAUCAUCUUAA